UCUCCAUUCUCUAUCAUUAUCAUGUGACUGAGAGAUUCUCCACACUGAAACACUGAGCCCUUACUCAAAAGGACUGAGAACUUGGUUCUAUGGAGAAAGGAGCAACGGUUUUUCAUUUUCCAAUAGCAGUUUCUUGUCUUUUCAUUGUCUUCAUUUUGGCUACUUCUGUUUCAGGUAGCCUGUUUUUCAACUUCUAUGCAGCUUCAUGCCCAACAGCAGAACUCAUUGUAAGAAACAGUGUCAGUUCAUCUUCUUCUUCUGAUCCUUCAAUCCCUGGGAAGCUGCUUCGCUUGGUUUUUCAUGACUGCUUUGUGGAGGGAUGUGAUGCAUCUUUGAUGCUGUUAGGGAAUAACACAGAACAAAGUGAUCCAGCAAAUAGGUCUAUUGGAGGAUUUUCAGUAAUAGAAUCAGCAAAAAGAGUGCUUGAGUUCCUUUGUCCAGGAACAGUUUCUUGUGCUGACAUAAUUGCUUUGGCUGCAAGAGAUGCUGUUGCACUCACUGGUGGUCCUAUGAUUCAAAUUCCCACUGGAAGGAGAGAUGGCAUGGUUUCAGUUGCUUCAAAUGUAAGACCCAACAUUUUGGACACAAGUUUUACAAUGGAUCAGAUGAUUAACCGAUUCUCCAAUAAAGGCUUGUCCUUAUUUGACCUUGUCAUCCUUUCAGGGGCUCACACCAUAGGAACAGCUCAUUGCAGCUCAUUCAGGGAUAGGUUUCAACAAGACUCCAAGGGAAAGCUCACACUGAUUGACAAAAGCCUUGAUAGUAGCUAUGCAAAUGAGCUAAUGAAGGAGUGUCCCUUAAGUGCAAGCCCAUCAGUGUUAGUAAAUAAUGAUCCUGAAACUUCCAUGGUUUUUGACAACCAGUACUACAGAAAUCUUGUCAUCAACAAGGGGUUGUUCCAAUCUGACUCUGCCUUGCUAAGUGAUAGCAGAACAAGGAGAUUGGUAGAGGACUUGGCAAAAGAUCAACAGUUUUUCUUUCAAAGUUGGGGCCAGUCUUUCUUGAAACUCACUACUAUUGGAGUCAAAACUGGUGAUGAGGGUGAAAUUAGGAGCUUCUGUGCAUCAACUAAUGCAUGAAAAGUACAUAUUGAAAGAGUGCAGCAACCAAGAUUCUCUAUGCAUAAUGGAAAAUAAAGUCCAGACACAGGUUUUAUACCAUGUAAAAAAUACAGUUUAUGCAGACUACUGUGUUUAUGUAUCUCUUCUUAAUUCUUUCUUGCCAUCUGAUACAUAUUUCUUUUCUGUUGCUGUAGCAUAACAAAUAUUGAUUUUCUUAAUGAAAUAAUGGCAAUUGAUA